CUUCCAAACAGUUUAAUAAUGAGGUCCUGAAGGCCCACAACGAGUACCGACAGCAGCACGGCGUCCCCCCACUGAAGCUCUGCCAGAAGCUCAACCGAGAGGCCCAGCAAUAUUCAGAAGCCUUGGCCAGCACGAGGAUCCUCAAGCACAGCCCGGAGUCCAGUCGCGGCCAGUGUGGGGAGAACCUCGCGUGGGCAUCAUACGAUCAGACAGGAAAGGAGGUGGCUGACCGCUGGUACAGUGAAAUCAAGAACUACAACUUCCAGCAGCCUGGCUUCACCUCAGGAACUGGACACUUCACAGCCAUGGUGUGGAAGAAUACAAAGAAGAUAGGAGUUGGGAAGGCAUCUGCAAGCGAUGGGUCCUCCUUCGUGGUGGCCAGAUACUUCCCAGCAGGGAAUGUUGUCAACCAGGGCUUCUUUGAAGAAAAUGUUCUGCCUCUAAAGAAGUAACUUGCCAAACAUAACAGGAAGGUGCGAGACUAAGAACACGGAUCUGAAGUGCCCUAGAACCAUGAGAGCCCAGCUUCGCGUCCGUCCCCGAGGAUGUAUGUGCCUGUGUGUGAUACAUGUGGGCAUCUGUACACAUGCUUGGAUAUACAGCUUGUUGAUAUUAAAGGAAUGACCAGCAGCUGAAGCCUCUACCCGGAGGUUUACCCAGACCACAGUUAUUUGGAUUUGGGGAGGGUAUCAGUUUUUAAAUUUUUUUGUUAUUUUUUAAAAGCAUACUUCUUUUGUACCUUUCUUACUUCUAAUAUUCAUCCUUGGAUAUUUUGUAUUCCAAAUAUUUGUGAUCCCAAGAUGUGAAGUUUGUUUAUGUGAUCUUCAUGCAUUGUAUCUACUUUUGGUAGAUAUUUGAAUAUUAAACCUGCCUUUUGAUGUGACAUAGCUUUAAACACAUAAUAUAAAGUAGCUGGCAUUGGAGGCGUAGAGCAGCCUGGGGCUCCAUGUCACAGAAUCACGGAGUUUUCUCAGUUGUAACACAUGAUGUCACCCUGCAUGCCUCCCGAGGUGCUCUAAUAGGAUUGCCAAAGAACAAAUGGAGAAAAUAACUUUACUUCCUUGCAUUUUCUGUCUUUAAAUACCAAACAACAGUACCACCUCCACCCCUGCCACCCACACACACCUUUUUUUCUUGAACUCAUCUGCAUUUCAAAGCUCAGUAUGCUGCUGGGGAGUUCAGCUAGGCCUGGCGUGCCCUUCCCACCCUUGCUAAGUGGCCGGCUGAUGUGGGAGACAGCCCCUCGCAAUGCCUGGGCUCUGGGCCAAGCGGCCUUGGGUGGAUAAAAUCAGUAAUAUGAGGAUGGAGUGAGCUCACUCAGGGGCCCAGGAGAAGGCCAGCAGCCUCUGCCCUCCCCCCACACAAGCCAGUUCCUGGCAGCUGUAGCUGCAGCUGUGCUGCCGCUCCCUCCAGGAAUGUGUGACAAGCCCAAAUGUUCCGGGGAAGUGUCCCAGGCAGGGGGCUUAGAAGCUCUCAUUUGGCUCUGGGUUUUGCCUCAAACUACAAAGUUCCCCUGAAUAGCAGUUUUACAAGGUCCGUAUAGCGGGAGGACUCAGAUGCCCCAGCCAAGCGUCCCUGAAACAAUGGCAUCUGUAUCUGCCAAGGUAGCAGGGGCUGGGGGAAGGGUCGCUGGCCUGAAGUCUGGCCAGUCUUUGAAACAACUUUUGAAGCUCUGUGGUGGAUUGUGAACACAGUCUUAUGUUGUACCCCUCACUUCAUCCAGGGCAUAGUAAUAAUAAAAUCUUUUUCUUUUGUGCAA